AUGGAACGUAAUACAACUGAUUUAAAUCAAACAGAAUAUGGUAACUUUUUAGUCGAUAAUCGUCAACAACAUGAUUAUCAACCUAGAACAUUACCAGAUAAGAAGAAGAAUGGACGCUAUGCUUAUUUACCAUUAUUUCCAACUAAAUCUGUUGGCAUUGAUGAAUGUUUACUUUUGGCUAAUGUAUCGAUUAGUCAUCUGUCAUCUGAUGAAAUUAUUCGACGUGAACAUGGAGCCUAUAUAUCGGAUGCACUGAUGCUCAUGAACACAUACAACUAUGGUAAUUCAUUCAGUUUGUUACAAGAAGACGUUGAACAACUAGCCAUACGUUUAAAAGUCGGCAAAGCAAUCAUUACCUUCAAUGCGGAUCGACUUCGUACCAUAUGCUGUACUCUUCUGGCAUUGCAUGAAUCCUUUCGUCGUAAUAUUCUAUGUAUGGCUGAUGUUGCCUUACAAGAACCAACUUUGAAUUCGAAACAAAUGGCGAUUGCAUUAGAAUUCUAUCUACAAAUAGAUGUGGAUCUAUUUUACAUGAAAACUUGUUCGUACCGAGAAGCUAAAUGUGACUCGACCAGUGAAGGUCUCUUCUGUGGAAAAGAUCAACCUCAAGCAAGAUACUCAGUACUUCCAUGUGGUAAUCAACUUUGUUUAUGUUGCUAUCCAAAAAAUAGUGAUAAGAAAAGUCAAACAUGGCCAGUUAUUGAUUUUAACUCAAGUUCAAUACAUCAAUUUGUCAAUGGAUAUAUUACCUAUCUGAAUUGUCCAGCAGUAUGUUACUUUGUUUUUUAAAUGUUGUAUUCACAUUUUCCAAUCUAUGACUAUAAUUUAGACCUGUACGACAUCAAAUAUCGUCUAUGCUAUGAC